CCUGCGCUGCGCAGCCUAGGGGGCGCUUGACUGACAGGCGGCGGCGGCGCGGUUGCGACGGCAGGUGAAUUCCCGGCCGCGGCCGGCUGCUUCUGGGGGCCGGGCCUUUCCGGGCAGGGACGACCCCAGCCCAGCUGCGGACCGGUGGGUCCUAGCCCUGGUGGGUGAGCUGGACGUCGCGGCCAGGAACAAAAGAUGACCACUUCUUUGCGGUGGUGAAUUAGUCCCAACACCGACUGCCCCGCAAAUAAAGGCCUCCAGCUUCUUCUCAAGCAGAGGCGCGUCUGAUGUUUUGAAGCCACCGAGGAGGGUUUGAGGCCAGAGGGCUCCUCCUCGGGGCUUGCCGGCUGCCUCCCUGGAUCUUCACGGGUCAUGUUUUCCUCCUUUUGUCAGGAGGGCCAUCGCUCUGCCCUCCGCCCUUUCUACCCUAAAGAAGCUGUGAGGAUAAAGUUUAUUUUGAGAAACGGGCUCCUUGCCAGAGGCUUCCGCUCAUACCAGACCCCUGCAACCAGUCCCUGCCAGCUGCCUAAGGAGGAUGCGAAUGCUCGAUGCUCCUUGCCUUCCCCAGAGGUGAGCCCAGGCCAAAAUGGGAGACUCCAGGGAUCUUUGCCCUCACCUUGACUCUAUAGGAGAGGUUACCAAAGAGGACUUGCUGCUCAAAUCUAAGGGAAGCUGUCAGUCUUGUGGUGUAACUGGACCAAACCUGUGGGCCUGUCUCCAGGAGGAAAAGCAAGCUGGAGAAGGCUCUGGACUGAAUGAUCCAAUCUUUGCCUUCAUUUCUGCACUUCCCCACGCUGGAGCUCUGAUGACUGUACCCACCUCCUGGGGCUGGGGAGUAAUACACGAGACAGAUGCUGUGAUGGAGGCCGCCUGUCCCUAUGUUGGCUGCGGAGAGUCCUUUUCUGACCACAGCACUAUUCAUGCACAGGCAAAAAACCACAACUUGACAGUAAAUCUGACCACAUUCCGGGUAUGGUGUUAUGCCUGCGAGAAGGAGGUGUUCCUGGAGCAGCGUCUGCCAGGGCCCCCACUAGGGGCCUCACCUAAGUUCUCAGAGCAGGACUCUCCGCCACCCUCCCAUCCUCUGAAAGCUGUUCCUAUUGCUGUGGCUGAUGAGGGAGAGUCUGAGUCAGAAGAUGAUGACCUGAAACCUCGAGGCCUCACAGGCAUGAAAAACCUCGGGAACUCCUGCUACAUGAAUGCUGCCUUGCAGGCCCUGUCAAACUGUCCCCCACUGACCCAGUUUUUCUUGGAGUGUGGAGGCCUAGUGCGCACAGACAAGAAGCCGGCCCUGUGCAAGAGUUACCAGAAGCUGGUCUCUGAGGUCUGGCACAAGAAACGGCCGAGCUAUGUGGUCCCCACCAGCCUAUCUCAUGGCAUCAAGUUGGUCAACCCUAUGUUCCGAGGCUAUGCUCAGCAGGACACCCAGGAGUUCCUGCGCUGCCUGAUGGACCAGCUGCAUGAGGAGCUCAAAGAGCCAGCAGUGGCAUCAAUGGCACUGACAGAGGCUCGGGACUCAGACUCAAGUGACACAGACGAGAAGCGGGAAGGCGACCAGAGCCCAUCAGAGGAUGAGUUCCUGUCCUGUGACUCAAGCAGUGACCGGGGUGAGGGUGACGGGCAGGGUCGUGGUGGGGGCAGCUCGCAGGCUGAGGCAGAGCUGCUGAUCCCAGAUGAGGCGGGCCGUGCCAUCUCCGAAAAGGAGCGAAUGAAGGACCGCAAGCUUUCCUGGGGCCAGCAACGCACAAACUCGGAGCAAGUGGACGAGGAUGCUGAUGUGGAUACGGCCAUGGCUGCCCUUAAUGACCAGCUCACAGAGGCGCAGCUACCGUCACCACAGUCCACAAGUCUCUGCCAGACACCAGAGCCAGACAAUGAUGCCCAGCUGCGCAGCUCCUCCCGCCCUUGCAGCCCUGUCCACCACGAGGGCCACGCCAAGCUGUCCAGCAGUCCUCCUCGUGCAAGCCCUGUGAGGAUGGGGCCAUCAUAUGUGCUGAAGAAAGGUUCGGAAGCCCAGGUCAUGAGCUCUGGCAGCCGGAGGCGGAAGGAGCAGCACUACCGUAGCGUCAUCUCAGACAUCUUUGAUGGCUCCAUUCUCAGCCUCGUGCAGUGUCUCACCUGUGACCGGGUGUCCACCACAGUGGAGACAUUCCAGGACCUGUCACUGCCUAUUCCUGGCAAGGAGGACCUGGCCAAGCUCCACUCAGCCAUAUACCAGAAUGUGCCGGCCAAGCCAGGUGCCUGUGGGGACAGCUAUGCUGCCCAAGGCUGGCUGGCCUUCAUCAUGGAGUAUGUCCGAUGGUUUGUGGUAUCCUGUACACCCAGCUGGUUUUGGGGGCCUGUUGUCACUCUGGAGGACUGUCUCACUGCCUUCUUCGCUGCUGAUGAGCUGAAAGGUGACAACAUGUACAGCUGUGAGAGGUGUAAGAAGCUGCGGAACGGAGUGAAGUACUGCAAAGUCCUGCGUCUGCCCGAGAUUCUCUGUGUUCACCUGAAGCGCUUUCGGCACGAGGUCACAUACUCGUUCAAGAUCAGCAGCCACGUUUCCUUCCCCCUGGAGGGGCUUGACCUGCGCCCCUUCCUUGCCAAGGAGUGCACAUCCCAGAUCACCACCUAUGACCUCCUCUCUGUCAUCUGCCACCACGGCACAGCAGGCAGUGGGCAUUACAUCGCCUACUGCCAGAACGUGAUCAAUGGGCAGUGGUAUGAGUUUGAUGACCAGUAUGUCACCGAGGUCCAUGAGACAGUGGUGCAGAAUGCUGAGGGAUACGUGCUCUUCUACAGGAAGAGCAGUGAGGAGGCAGUUCGUGAGCGGCAGCAGGUGGUGUCCCUGGCUGCCAUGCGGGAGCCCAGCCUGCUGCGGUUCUACGUGUCCCGUGAGUGGCUCAACAAGUUCAACACCUUUGCAGAGCCAGGCCCUAUCACCAACCAGACCUUCCUCUGCUCUCAUGGAGGCAUCCCACCUAACAAGUACCACUACAUUGAUGACCUGGUGGUCAUCCUGCCCCAGAACGUCUGGGAGCACCUCUACAACAGGUUUGGGGGUGGCCCUGCCGUGAACCACUUGUAUGUGUGCUCCAUCUGCCAGGUGGAGAUUGAGGCACUGGCCAGGCGCAGGAGGACAGAGAUUGACACCUUCAUCAAGCUGAACAAGGCAUUCCAGGCUGAGGAGUCCCCUAGUGUCAUCUACUGCAUCAGUAUGCAGUGGUUCCGGGAGUGGGAGGCCUUCGUCAAGGGGAAGGACAGUGAGCCCCCUGGGCCCAUCGACAAUAGCAGAAUCGCGCAGGUCCGAGGAAGCGGCCAUGUCCAGCUGAGGCAGGGAGCUGACUAUGGGCAGAUUUCUGAGGAGACCUGGGCCUACCUGAACAACCUGUAUGGAGGUGGCCCUGAGAUCGCCAUCCGACAGAGUGUGGCCCAGCCACAGGACCCAGAGAGCUUACACGGGGAGCAAAAAAUUGAAGCUGAGACCCGGGCCCUGUGACUUGUGGACCAGACUUGCCCACGCCAGUCACUGUCAUCGUUGUGUCCCUCAAACCUGCCGCCUUGCUGCCUCGGGCCCAGCUUUUGUUCCUGGGGCCUGGCGCUGUUCCUCCGUCAGAGGCUGUGACCUGGGGUGGAGUUGCUGCUGCUUCACAGGCAUUUUCCCCAAAGAUGUGCAGAGGAUGCUGGUCGGAGCAGGCGAGGAGCGGCUGAAAGCUCCAGGCAGUGAGGGGCUCACACCAGCCUUUCCUGAUGGCCCUGCUUCAUCCAUGCAUCUCUUCCUCAUCACCAGAAAGGCUCCUGAAGUCCUGGGCGUUUGCAGCGGUUUUGCGCAGGCUAGAGGCUAGAUUCAGUAACUGGCACACACCAGUAGGGGCGCUCAGAGGGAGCCAGUGUCUCUGUCACACUGAGCCUCCCCUGGACGGUCUGUUGUUCGCUUUGCAGCUCUGCAGACUCCCCAUGGAGUAGUUGCUGAGCCCCUCCAGGGACCCAGACGAAGAAACAGAUACCUCAUGCCGCUGUCAUUUGCUGCUACUGCAGCUUCCCUGGGUGCUGGUACUGGAGAAACUGGCUUCCGUCCUGCCGCUCAGGGCACCAAAGCCAAGGCUUGUUUCCAGAGGCAUCCCAGCCCUGGGGAGCCAGGUGGGGGUGGGAGCCCUGGGCCCAAGCCCCCAAAGUACUGUGGCCUCGGGUUUCUGUGGAGGCAGGUGUUGGGGGAUUCAGUAGGUCAUUCCAGCAGAGGCGCUUCUGGGAUCUUGAUUUACCAGGAUCCUGUCCUUCCCACCAAGGCAGGCAGCCCCCUGGGGUGUUUCUUGGCCUUGGCCACAUCUUCUGAGAGUGGCCACUGCAGAGUCCGCUGUGCAGGUUGUGCUGUGCGUGCUGGGUCUAGCUUGUAUUUAGAAUGUCGUAAUAAACACCGAUACAUCCCCUGCAGCCCAUACUGCUGCCUCUGUGGUUACUGCAGUUGAUUUCUGUCCCCACCCUGGGGGCAAGCCGGGAGGGUCUUCUGUCCUCACAGGCCUUUGGAGCCGUGGAGGUCAUGUCACAAAUGACCAGUGCAGGAGGGGUCUUUGACUUCUGAAGCUUGAGCCCAUCUGCACCAAGGGUGCUGAGUUGACGGAGAGAGGUGGCCUGGGCCCCUGUUCACACUAGUCAGCAACUUGCCUUUCCUGGAACCAGCUGCUGCCCAGAGAAGCAGAGUCUGGUGUGAGCAAUGGGUGAAGCCAGACAACCCACAGGCUGGCCCCCACUGGCCACUGAGAUAAGCAGCCACCUGCCUGCAGGCCCCAGGCUCCUGAUGGGGCCAGCCCUUUCUAUACUGCAGCCUCUGCUGUCCACGCCAGCUGGUCUCUGAUGCUGGUGUUUUACAGCCCCUGCCUUUUUGGGGGGUGGUUUACUGCGGGAGCUUUUUGGGAGGACAGGAGAACUUGAGAUUUUAUAUAUUACCUUAAAAACACAUGUAAAUUCCCAUAAGAUAUGAGCAUACAGAAACAUGUUCAACUUGAAGGGUGACCAGGGCCUGCCCAUUGGGGCCCUCUGGUCAUCUGCCGCCUUGUCUCACCUCGGAGCUGUCCCCUUGCCUCCAUUUCCCUCAUCCCUCUUACUAUGGAGUAUUUUUAGCUUUGCUCACAUUUGAAAGUCAUAUACUUAUGAAAUGCCAUGGUACAUGUUUCAUGACUGACUUCUUGUUUAACAUGGAAGAUGAGAAUGAAUUUUGUCUAGAGGAUUUAUUUUGGAGGUUUGGAGACAUUUCUUAUACUACAGGAAGGUGGGAUAGAAAUAGGCACCACUUUGUCUUAAACUGUUUGUUUCCUCCUUGAAACAUACCUGGCUCUUGCAGGCUCAGUCAAACUCAGAUGCUGGAAUUUGAAGCCAAAAUACAAGUCUGUGGUGGUUCACCUCAAACAAGUGGGAGCAGGAAGCGCUCAGUGGCCAGCGACUCUGUGCCCCAGGCUCUGUCUCUAGCCCAUUGCUCUGCAACUGGGCCUGGAGCCAACAGCGCCUCUGAGGGGCCAGCCAGGAAGCCACCCUGCAGCCUCAGAGGGGAGUGUCUGCGGUCCAGCACUGGCAGGCCUGUCCUGCCUGUGAUUCUUCUCACAAACCUGCCUCAGAAAGUACAUCUGCAAGGUGCAGCCCCCCAAAAGUGUAGCUUUCUUCCUUUGUUCUGUUGUAAAUUUAGUGCCAAUGAAAAUUAGCCUGAUCCCAAGA